CUCCGCUCUCUCACCCCCCUGCGCCCCAGCUCUUUUUUCCCCUUUGCCCACCAACUCAACUUUUUUUUUCCCCUAACCACCUCCGCGCUGCUGCGCGAAAUCCUACUCCUUUCGACCAUGGUGACUACUACGGCGCCUCCACCGUUUCUAGCCCGGAUCUCGGCCGCUACCGAGGACCCCCGGCAGUUCCCUGCAUCCCUGUUCCAGCGCCUCAUGCGGGCAGACUGCAGCGAUGAAAGCCACCAGCCCAACUGCUGCCCGGGGGGACCAGGAGGCAGCGCGCGGCCGGCGCUGAAGAGAGUGCGGCGGCGAAGAGCGAAAAUACGGUCCGCUCCCUCCGGCCUCCUGCAAAGCCGCUACCAGCAGUACCAGCAACAUCGCGCCGGCUUGACGCGAAGGAACACCGCGCAGGGGACGCGUAACCCCUACGAUGUCCCCGUCCCCUCCUCAGAGCCAGGGCUAGAAACGGUUCCGAGCACAGAACCGCCGGCACCUUCGCCGAGAACAGCCCCCGUCGGUAUCAGUAAACCCCUCAGGAAAGAGUUGUUCAGAAACAGGAUGGGAAAGUCUGAGAAGGUUACCAUUCCUUACAGUCAACCUAUUCACAGUAUACACCUUUGUGACCAAUCAAAGAUUAACAGACAGAGGAACAAAUGUAAUAUACCACUAAACAAGAUUCCACCUACAAAAAAAAGUGAAAAUAACUGUUGGCAACAAUCCAUGUCACCUGAACUCAUUGAAAAGCAGGAGAAAAAGCCUCUGAAAAAUGCAGAAAAUGUGAAAUCAAAGAAACCUGUUUUUCUGAUUGAAGCUAACCAAAAAGAAAACUAUGCUGGGGCAAAGUUUAGUGACCCUCCUUCACCCAGUGUCCUUCCAAAGCCUCCCAGUCAUUGGGUAGGAAGCCCUGUUGAAUAUUCUGAGCAAAACAGGAAGAUGAUCGCAGUCCAUCUAAAAACUCUCUUAAAAGUUCAAGCGUAGUUUAUGGAUUGAUAUUGACAGAGCAUACCAGGAAUUUGAAACCUGCCUUGUUGCAACAUGAAGUGCGAAAGACUGUCAAGUCUUAAAUUCGCUAACUUUUACUCUAUUUUUUAUGGUUGUGUAAAUAGUGUAUAUCAUGUAAUGUGUAUAUUCAUAUUUUGAAGUACAUUUUAGUUUUGUUAUGAAAGGAUGAAUUUUACACUGCCCACGUAAGUGUUUUUUGUAUAUAAUAACGGACACCUUCUAAUGUGUGCUUGACACAUGGAAAGACCUGACAACGUUUGCACAAGGUGCUGAGAUUUUGAAAGAAGAACUCAUCUCAAUGUUCAGAUGGAAAUGUGAAAGAAAACAUUGCUAAUGCAUUACUGAAAAGUUUUACAAUUUGGCACAAUUCUUCAUUGGAUAAGAAGCGCUCAUAAAAUCAUGAGCUUGAAACAGUAUAUGGAGUUCAAUUUCUCAUUGGAAAUAUAAAUUUUUGAUUAGAUUAAUUAGCCCAGAAACUUAGCUCUGUUGAUUCUCUAACAGAGAGUAGCAGAGCAAACUGCCACAAAUAAUUGGCUAUUU